GAGUGCGCGCUGCUCCGUCGCGAAGCCCAGAUUCCGGACGGAACGACACCCUGCGCCCUGCGGUAGCCACGGAGGACGCAACGGAUAUAUCUCGAGUCGACACGAAUUGUCGUCUUUCAUCUCCGGGCGUGAAACGCGUUAAACGGCUGGGGGUCGCGCCUUAAAAGCUCUUUAGCUACCCGCGAGAAACCGGCGUUGGUGAAUUAAAUGGUUCAGAGAUCGCGGGACGACGUUUCGCCAAGAGAAGUGUGCGAGAGCGAGAGUCGCGCGCGCGACAGCCGAUCGAUAGCGCCGAAAAGCGGGCGGAAAGAGCGCGGCUCGAUCUUUGCUGAUACGCGCUCCAGAGAUAUACUCUGUCUGUGCGAUACCACCGUCUCGUCUCGUCUCGUGCGUUCGUUACGCAUAUGUGAUCUCGCGAUGCACGCGAUGCACGCGCGCACGCGUGCGUGUCUACGCAUAGGCGGGAUAGUCUAACGCGAUCUUACUGUGCAAAAUUCCAAAAGGCGUUCAAGGAUUUUUGUCCAUUUGUUUCGAGCGAGAGAGAAAGAUAUUAUCGAGAGACUAGAGACGCCAAGUUUAAAUUUGAUCGUACAUCGAGUGUUUCGGUUCGAAGGAAAGAGAGAUAGAGAAAAAAGAGAUACUGUCUUCUUUACUGAUACUUUAUACUAAUCAACGUUUGUCGUGCGAACGCAUAGUUGCUGUGCUUCAGACAGUCUUAUUGUUAGACGCAAUAAACUUAUUCGAUACUUUGUUAAAUAGACCUUUUUCGAUAGAGACUGUGGUAGCAUUUAUCGUGUGCUAAGUAUUUGACAAAGGAUAUUGAUGUACCAAUCAUUACAGUGUGACUCUUGUCGAUGUGUCCUGUAUAUGCUGGCGAGUUGUCUGAUUACUGCUAGAAUUUCGGAUGGUAAACCGGAAGCGAUACUAAAAGGGCUGCUCCAUCAAAAUAUUAUAGACAAUGGAAGAUGAUCAUCACCAGAAAGAUCCACAUUCAAACUCAUAACUGUGUUUAUCGUCGUACAUUUCUCAUCAUCGAUCGCAUUUUUGAAAGAUGCCGCGCACUUUCGACAUCCUCUUAAAAGUAAAUUUACGAAAAGCAACUACACUCACAAAAUUAUGUUCAGUAUCACAAAAAGGCAGAGCAUGCAAUGUCGUGCGUGACCUUAUCAGGAACUAUUAAACGAUCGAUUUAACAAAAUCGCAGAGUAAUGAUCAGAGACGUACGACUGAAGCUGGCGAUCACCACCGCGGGUUACAAUCAAGCGAGUUGCAAGUGUGAUCGUCGGCACGUGUCUAUACAUGGCGGUGGCAGUGGAUCUUUGCUUCGAUUCGUUCUGAUUUUCUAUUGCGUCGUGGUAACCUGCGGCGGCGGCUUGAAGCACAAGACGAUGCAUGAAAAAAUUAAGGAAAUUAAGGAAAUGUUUAGAAAAACGAGUGAAUCACCUUUCGGCCACUGUAAUAUGGAGGUAGAGACAUGCGACUGGUCUUGGGAUAGAAGUCCUAAAAGGUUUAGGAAAGUCAUGGCAUCAUCAAAUAGCACACUGUCAAAAUAUUUUCCGACCACGGAUGCUGAUGAUACCGCAAACGGCCAUUUCCUAUGGUUAACCGGUAAUGGGAGUGCUCAAAUAUGGUCACCUUCGAUUUAUCGUACCAAUCCGGGUUGCCACGUCGAAUUUUGGCUUUACUUGGUGGAAAUGGAAGGUGGAUUCGUAAAUAUUGUCAUACAAAUUAACCCUGCUAAUACAAGCUCAAUCGCAUACACGAAAUUUUUGAAUAAUUAUAUGACGUAUGUACAAAAACCGACAUGGCAGAAAAUGAGUUUCGAGUUACGCGCGGUCGAUCAACCCUAUGAAUUAAUUUUAGAGAUAUACUUGCCCUAUCUCAAUUCAAGUGUCGGCGUUGACAAUGUUCGUCUAGUACAUUGCUUCCCAGAACCUAUGCCAGCCGGUGUCAUUUGUCCAACUGGUUUGUUUCGAUGUAACAACGGUUCUUGCUUGAAUAGGACUCAUGUCUGUGACUUUACAAAAGAUUGCGCCGAUGGUGAAGAUGAAACAUUCGAGUGCGACAAAAUCCCUGAAAACGCAAGGUGUAACUUUGAGAAUGGUUGGUGUGGGUGGACAAAUGUUCCUGAAAGACCCUUAAAUUGGACUCUUAAUAAAGGCGCUACGCCAAGUUUAAGGACCGGACCUACUUAUGAUCAUACUUAUUGCAAUGCAACAGGAACUUAUGCGUAUGUGAAUAUGGCAUCUAAAAAUAUACAUGGCAUGAAUAAUAAAUAUGGCAAUCGAGGUACCAUCGAAAGUCCAUUAUAUAAUCCAACACCACCUUAUAGCAACAAUUCUACUAGCCCUUAUCAUCGAUCGUGUCAAAUACGCUUUUUCUACCACAAGUACGGUCCGCAUACCGCAUCUUUAGGACUUUACCUGGUCGAAAUAAAACCAAAUGGAAAUCAUACCAUCAGAUUGUGGUGGUCUCCUUACAAUAGUAAGAAGAGUGACAUGUGGUAUAAGGAGGCAGUUGCUUUACCUAACAUAACAUUUAGGUACGUUUUGCAAUUCGAGGCGGCCAAAGGGAUUUCUUCGAAAGGUGAUAUAGCAAUUGAUGAUAUUUCCUUAAGUCCGGAAUGUUUCGCCAUUGGAGUUCCACCGGAAGUUGUAGGCAACUUUAAUUAUUACAAUCCCAAAAUUGACAAUCCGGUACAGCAUCCGGAUUUCGUAAACGAGACAGUUAUUGAGAUUACUACUUGCGGAGCUACUGGCAGGACAGGCCCUAUUAUCGACGAAUGCGCCGAGAAAUAUAAUAGCACCAAUGUAGAAUUGAUUGUGCCAUCGUCGAUAUCAGAUCAGGAGAAUAUGCCGGCAAUCUUUAAUUCAAAUGGAGUUCAACGAUGGACCGCACCACGUGGUGAAUACUACACUUUAAUUGGCGUUGGAGCACGAGGAGGACAGGGCUCUGGUGGUACGGGUAGCGCUUUGGGUGCUCUUGUUCGCGGUGUGGUAGAGCUUCAAAAAGGCGACCAACUAUAUUUUAUAGUAGGUCAAGCGGGAAUAGAUGCAUGUUCCAAAAAUCUUGGCAUGAACAAAAUCAGUUGUCAAUCAACGGAUCAAUCGCUCGAGUUUUCAAAGCAUACACCAGCCGGCGUUCCAUCGAAAGUGCGAGAAGUGAAAAGACUCGAGUUUAAGAAUGGUGGUGGUGGCGGCGGUGGUGCAACAGUUAUUUUUGCACUAAGAGCUAAUGGUAAACCAGAACCUAUCUUAAUCGCGGGUGGUGGUGGUGGUUUGGGGCGAGGUCAAGUGAUUGACGAUGGAUUACAACACGGACGUGGUCCUAUUUUGACGAGUAGACUUUCUCCGUCCGUAGCAAAAGACAUAGGUGGACCUGGUGGUAGUUGGGACGGUUUGUGGACUAACAAUUCCGAUCAACAAAAUGUUGCGGGAAUGCCACUGAUUCAUGGAGGUUUGGGAGGAUUCGGUUGCAAAUCCGGAAAUAAAGAUUAUGGUAACGGCGGUUUCGGUGGAGGAGGGGGUGGUUGUCUAACAGGAGGCGGUGGCGGUGGUUAUGUUGGCGGCAAUACCGGAUACGAGGAUUCUGGAAAUGGCGAGGGUGGUUAUUCGUACGCCAGUCAGAAGCUCACUGAUAUUUAUUUCAAAGCUGCAGCUCAUUAUGGCUCGGGCGAGAUUCUCAUUAUACCCGCAAUCAGUGGCUGCGGUUGUGAUUAUCGUUGCGUCGCACUCGAUCCGCAUUUGAGUGAAACUAAGUGUCUCUGUCCUCAGGGUUGGUUGCUCAGCAACGAUUCUAAAUCGUGUAUUAUGACCGACGAUUCCAAGGGUGUACAUCAAACAUAUAUGAUACCGUUUGUAGUAGUAAUCAUUGGCCUAUUCGCCAUUAUCGGAAUUUGCCUAGUAUCUUAUAAACGGUACCAAAACCAAAAAGAGCUUCUACGUCGCCGUCAAAUGAUGUUUGGAAAUGGCACAGAGUUAACUGCACUGCGUGCCGUAUCGGAUACAAUGAUGACUGAAUUUAACCCCAACUAUGAAUUCGCUGGCAAUUUGUAUAGCUUCAAAGAUUUACCGCAAAUACCCCGUGAUUACAUUACUUUAGUAAAACCUCUCGGUCAAGGCGCUUUUGGCGAAGUUUUUCAAGGCGUAUACAAAUAUAGACGCGAUGAGGAACAUCCUGUCGCUGUAAAGACCCUACCAUCUUUAUCUACAACACAAGCAGAAGCUGAUUUCAUGAUGGAGGCAUUGAUAAUGAGCAAAUUUAAUCAUCCUAAUAUAGUACACUUUAUCGGUGUCUCUUUUGACAAACAUCCGAGAUAUAUCGUUCUUGAGUUAUUAGCCGGAGGAGAUCUUAAGAAUUUUCUACGUGAAGAAAGGCCUCGACCAGAUCGACCUACAUCAUUAACAAUGUUGGAUCUUAUUAUGUGUGGCUAUGAUGUCGCAAAUGGCUGUAAAUAUAUGGAAGAAGCACGUUUUAUACACCGAGACAUUGCCGCUAGGAAUUGUUUAUUGACUACCAAAGCACCAGGGCGUACUGUUAAAAUUGCGGAUUUCGGUAUGGCUAGAGACAUUUAUCGAAGCGAUUAUUAUAGAAAAGGUGGCAAGGCGAUGCUACCCAUAAAGUGGAUGCCGCCAGAGAGUUUUUUGGAUGGUAUAUUCACUACGAAAACCGAUGUCUGGGCCUUUGGUGUGCUCCUAUGGGAGAUUAUGUCAUUUGGAUAUAUGCCCUACACCGGAUGCGCAAAUCGCGAAGUCAUGUCGAUGGUGACGACCGGAGGCCGUCUCGAAAAACCUGCAGGAUGCCCAGAUCCUAUAUACGGGAUUAUGACGCGAUGCUGGCAUCCGCAGCCCGAUGAUAGGCCAAGUUUUUCCACUAUCGCCGAAAGGAUUGGUUAUUGUUUGCAGGAUCCAGAUGUGAUAAAUCAUCCGACGCCUAAUUUUGACAUAUUGCCGAUUUGUGAUCGUGAAAUAACGAUCAUGAGACCAGAUCCGGAAGCAGAAUGCAUCAAUGUACAAUCUGAUCUGGAUGGAUGCGGUUACAUGCAACCGAGAAUCAUCGAUCCCCGAUCGGUGGCACAUCGCGUAGGUCAAGCCGUGCGUGGCACCGCCUAUAAUUCUGAAAAUGAAAAAUUAAAUAAAGGUUGCAAAUCACACGGAAGAAUUUUUUCAAGACCGGCAGAAUGUCGGCAAGGAACAUUUAGUUGCAAUACGUACGACUCUAGCACAGAUACUUUUGAUCAAACCUACAGUGGCGACAACAAUCAUGAGGACGAUCAUGACGAGAUGAUGGAAGAUUGCAAGGAUAAGCGCAGGAUCGUCCGAUCGGAUCGAGAUAACAGGAUAAUACAUCGAACCAACAUCGAAGACCGCGAUAACGCAGACAACGGUAAUAACCGUCCAGAGGAAGAAUGUGAUUUGACUGCCAAUAUCGAUAAUGCGAUAACGGAUCGCAGAAAUGGCAAUGAGAGUACAACGACUACCGAUACCAAUUCUGACUCUUUGAUAGCGCAAUCCUCGGACACCCCGCUCGACACGACAACCAACUCGUCGCCCAACACGCGCACUUGCUCACCGAGUCAUACCACCGGCCUCAGCAAUGUCAACAAUGUCAACGGUAUAGUAAAGAAAAGUACCUUGAAAGCGACAUUGAGUUUGGAUCCGAGCGCUCUUUGCAGAGGCACCAUCCCUUAUGAGAAGAUUACAACGCGAACGCAACGUUCGAGCACACCAGGCAGUAUGGAGCUAAGGAAGGAUUCCUUGGGUCACGAACUACCGAGGGAAGAAGAGUGCUCCUGCUGAGAUUUAUCCGAGGGGGGUUGACGAGGCUGCUCGAAGGCCGCGAUCGCGGCCGCUCGUCGGUUGCCACUGCAAAGAUCGGCCACGACGACUGCGGUUACGAUGGACACGCAGCUCGUAGAACUCUCCUCGCCUACGUGGGCCCGCGACAAUGAAUACUCGCGUCGUUUCUAUUCGGAGGAGACCCUCCUGUGAAUAGAAACCACGUGUCGACGCUUCAUGGCCGAUGUUUCUUUGACGAUACAAGCCAGUUUCCAUAAAAAAGACUAUUGUAAGUCGGCGGGAGAGAUUGUUAAACGAAUGUAAUAGACUAGAUUUACGUAUGCAAAUACAUACAAGAAGAACGCGAAAGAGAAUACUAAAUACAUAAUAUAUUCAAGACGAGCUCAUCAAGUGAAUAAAAUUCUAUAAUAUCGUGAUAACGAGAUGAAACAGGAAUUUAUAUAAAUUUAUUGGAAAAUGACUCAAACAAAAUGUUUGUGAGCGUAAAUUAAUCGAAGUGAAAUCAACAUGUAAAAAAAUGCGAAUAUUUAUGUAUGUGUGUACUUCGAAACCGCAGAUUAAUAAACAGCCUUCGGAUAAACAGCAUUUAUUCGAGCAUGUAGCUUUAAUCGAAAUAAUAUGUGGAAUUUGCAUGAUCGAUUUUUAAUUUAUGCGAAAAAAGGAGAAUGUUUUUUUUUUCUUACAAUGUAUGUACAUAUACUUGAUAUUUAAAGGUCUAACAAAUGCGAGUAGUUUUGACACUAUAAGGUAUCCCUGAUCUCUCGAACAGACGAUUGUAUCGUCUAUCUGUCUAAUCGGUAAGAAUAGCAAACGGGAUCGAUUCGGAUCCGAAAAAUGUCACGUGAUUGUUGAGUAAAGUGUGUUAUAUCGUAAUAUCGAUGUAAAAGUCUCCGUAGGCUGAUAGUCUACUUUGUGAUUCAUCUUUAACCAAAGAAGCAACGAUAUAAACUCGAUCCUCGUCGAUGCAUUAUCCAUAUUGUAAAGCGGAUAACAUUAUGAGUACAUCUUGGAAAGAAGGGAAUAAAAAGAGCACGAGCCCUUUUUUAUUUUUCUUACAAUGACGACGUACUUUACGUACGCGUAGCGUAUGAAAGUCAGUUACCAUGUAUCUAUACGUGAAACGUAAUAAAGGCGUGUUUAUGAACUGUA